UUGCCAGGGGGAAGAGCAGGUCAGGAGGAGGGGAUCUGCCAAGGGCAGCUUUGUCUUUUCCAUCAGAGUCUGAAGAUUAACCUUGAUCAUGGCACAAUGUGGGGCUACCACUGACUCCAGAACGGAUGCCGAGACAGUGGCUGAGGGACAGCAUAAGCCCCUCUGGAGAGUAGGUGGGGACAUACCUGGCCUCCUUGAAUCCAGAACCCACUGGUGAAGUGGAGCCAGGGCCCAGGCGGGCAAGACUCGGACAUGGGAGAGCCUCUGGGCCAACACCUCUGGAUGGCAGGAAGGUCAUCCCAGAAGAGCUGUGAGCCUGAGCCCAGCGUCUCGGCUUCCCAGAGCCUCCUGGAGGCAGCUGGCCCAGAGCCCGUGUCCCAGCACCCACAGGCCAGCUGUUCAAGGGGCAGUGAGCCCCUCAGCAGCCUUGACCUCUCCCAUGGGUCUCCGGUGGCCUUAGAGUACCUGCCCUUCUUUCGCACCUAUGGGACUCUCCUGGCUGUGGGGGAGCUGGUCCCACAGCCUGAGGCUUGCAGGGACCAAGAAGGAGACCAGACUGUCAGAGAUCCAGCAUUCCAUGAGGACUCAGAACCGCCCAGCGGCUUUUUCCCUUUCUACCGCUCCAAGGAGGAGUGUUUUCCCAGGCUGGCCCUUCCUGGCAGGUCGUGCUGGGGCUCCCGAGACCCAUGCACCAGGAAGGAGGGGCUGGCCGGCUGCGUCUGCAGGAUGACCGUCAGCUGCGCGUGCUCUGCUGCUUCGGCAAGCCCAGAUCACCUCCCUGGGUCCUCUCGUUUGCCACCCUGCUGCCCCAUCCUGCUGGUCCCAGAGGGGCACUGCCAUGACAGCGGGCUGACUGCCCCUUCCUCCAGUGAUGCUGCCUUCAGGGACUAUGCCCUUGGUGCCUCGGGAUUCGUGCCUUACUACAGAACCCUCGAGGAGGAGCUGCACGCCAGCCCUGGGCCUCUAGUCUCUCCGCUGGGGAGCCAGGAGCCCACAGGGAUGCUGCCCAGGCCUGGUGCAGCGACUUUGUGAAGGAGUGUGAGUUAUUAGCAGCUGGAGCCGCUGAAGAUUGGGCCCCAGCACCUGCUCAUCCGCAAGAGGUGAACGUGGCUGGGGGUGAGGGUUCCAGAACUGGCCUGGGACCACAACUCUGCCUUACCUCCCCCUCUGCCUGGGUGCCUAGGAACCACGGAGCUGGCAGGAGGAGCCCAAACACUGGCAGGCCCGUCCAUCCCCUCUCAGUCUACUUGGGUGGGCCAACAAGAAGAUCCUGUGCCCUGCCAGGGUGCACCUCCACACCAGUGUCCGACUGAGCAGGCCUGGGGCAGGAGCAGUCCUUCUCCUCGAGGACUGGAGGGGAGAUGCUCAGCCUGUGCCCCCCGCAGCCACAGCCUCAGGAAGUGACCCCACAGCCCUGGGUGCUCCCUUGGCCCUCCUAGCUGGAAAAACUGCCCGAGGCCAAGGGGACAGCAGCAGCCCCCAAAGGCGCUCCACCAAGGAGAUGUCUGCCCGGCCUAGCACUCAGACUGUCCCACGGUCCUCCUCUGCGGUAGCCUAUUCCAAGCUCAGAGGAAGGGAGCAGGACCAGGGUCCUCUGAACAACUGAGGGAUGCAGACCAGAGACUAAAUAAAUCACUUCACUACAAGGA